AUGUCUGACGAGCCUACGAUCCUUCGCCCGCGUCCGCGACGUGUGUUCGAUCUCACGCCUGAAGAGCCCUCUACCCCAGUCGAACCCGCCAACCCAGACCUGCUCGUCCCUAAAGAUGCCGGCUCUACCAGCGUCAGCCGCAAUGCUUCGAUCAUGAACUUGACCUCGUCGACGCUGUACGGUAUUUACUCUCCUACUGCAUUCGACAGUUCUCGUGACGACUCGAGUCCCUGGGGCACGGAAGCCCAUACGCCUCAAUCAGGAAGCCCGAGGAUCCAGUCUGAAGCUCCAGCACCAGGCAAACUUCGGCGGACACGAUCACGGCUUAGCCACGGCCUGUUUCGAGGCGUCAUCCUUCCGCAAGCGCUGAAGAGCGCUUUCCUCUUGGGCUUUGGUGUUGUUUAUGGAGUCAUUACAAUUCACCUGCAUGAAAACCAUUGGAUUACCCCGGUGAAGUUGGAGAAUACACAUUACUACGGAUCAUGGCAGUAUCUUGCUUUCUGGGGUGUGGCCGGCGCCGUUUUGGGCAAUAUUCUUCCUUGGUUCGACCAGUUCUCAGAUGAAAUUAUUGGCAGCCCUAAGCAGGCAAAAGGGUCAAGCGACCCCGAGACUGCAGACCGUACUCUCUCAUGGGUUUCAGUGGUUCGCAGCGUUGGCGCGUUUGUGGGAAUUGCAUUUGCCAUGCGCCGACUUCCCUGGGAAUCUACAACUCAAGCGUCACUUACCCUCGCGCUCGUGAACCCCGUACUCUGGUACCUCAUCGACCGCACACGGACCGGCUUCGUCUUAUCGACCGUUGUUGGAUUGGCCGGCAUGGGAAUAAUAUUGGGACUCAAGCCUGACUUAAUUCCGUCUGCAGAGACUUCGGCUUUUGCAGCAAGCAAAUUCGAUGUCACCGGUUGGGGAUAUGGGCUGGCUGUUGAGAUGUCACAGGAAAGCAUAGCAGUAAGGACUUGGGUUGCCAGCGUUCUUUUCUGCGCAUGUGUAUGCUUUGGAAACAUUGGCCGGCAGCUUGCCAUUGGAGUCCAGCGCGAGUCGCUCAAGUGA